UUUCUCAUUAAACUUUACCAUGGUGAUCAUCACUCCUGGCCAGAAGGCGGCUAUCAGCUCCCAAGCAGCAGCCUAUCUUGAAAACAUACGACAUCCUCCUUUGCCUGGGUUGCUCUCACCCUUCAUUGCCUCGCCAAGCCGCAUUCCCAACCUCCGACUGACUAUUGGGCAGAAGCUGGCUGCUCUCGAGGAGGAGCACAUCAAGAGAUACAACCUCAGCAUAACAGAGACUACCAUCGCCGACAUACCGGUGAUGGUCAUCGAACCACAUGUCAUUGCGCCUAGCAACGAAUCCAAGAUCUUAAUCAACAUAUUCGGAGGCGGCUUUGUCAUGGGCACACCGCGUGAGCGCGCCGCCCUCAUCAUGGCCGGCGAAUGUGGCAUCCGCGUCUAUUCGAUCAAGUACUCGCUCUCGCCCGAGGUGCGAUACCCCAUUGCGCGCGACGAGUGUUUUGCGGUGUACCGCAAGUUGGUUGAGAUCCAUGAUCCGGCGAAUAUCUACGCCAUGGGCAGCUCAUCGGGCGCGACUCUCAUGAUCACCACGCUGCUCCUCGCCCGCAAGGACAAGCUGCCGAUGCCAGCCCGUCUGUUCCUCUGCACUCCUGCUGUUGACUUGACUGGUGCCGGUGACUCGAUGGUCUCUAACGCAAAUCGCGAUAUCAUGCCUGUUGCCUUAUUGUCAGCGAUGGUACGUCAGAAUUACGCACCUGCGGAUCCAGAGUUUGACUUCAAGGAUCCGCUCUUCUCUCCGUUGUUUGCCAGUUACGACGCUACGUGGCCGCCGACUGUCAUCACCUCUGGGACAAGAGAUAUUUCCUUGAGUAGCGCAGUGAGGUUCUAUUGGAAGUUGAGGGGAGCGGGGGCAAAGGCCGAAUUACUAGUCGGUGAGGGUAUGUGGCAUGGAUUCAAUUGGGAGGUUGAUAUACCAGAAUCGAUUGCGCUGAGAGGCGCUGUCCGAGAAUUUCUUUUUAGUGACAAUUAGAUCCUAUUUCCCCUUAGUUUCCGCUAUUUGACUUAGAUAGGUAGUAUGGUUUGUAUCAAUAACAUCUUCUGCAUUACAGCGAAAUCGCUGAUGAUUCUGCUUCGAGCAUAAAUUUUCUCAUGAAACGUCUGUUUCGGCAACACUUGAAUAGUCUUACCCCAGUGGCAGUGAAAAGAUGGUUUAGACGACAAAGAAACUAAUUACAAACACUUUACCCAAUUGAGGUCUUAGAGCAAUAAAACAGAUUGAAAUCGCAGGUUGUGGGUGGUGAGCCUAAAGUGAAAGUGAAUAAAGGGGUACAGGACCUAAGCGAGUUCCACUAUUGUGCAGUGUAACCUUACGGAUCGAGGGAGAUUUCAUCUUCUGAUUCCGUUUGUGACCUAGGCGAAUAUCGAAUCUAAU